GGUAUAGUGAACUACUCAGGUUAUUACACUAUUGUUGAAUAUUGAUGAUCAAGUUACAGUUGCUCCAAGAUGAAUUACACUAAUUUUAUUUUGACGUGCAUCGAGAUUUUAAUUCUGUGCAUUAAUGAAUACUGGACAGAACGUACAGAAAGUUUUCGGGAUGAAACUUUGCUCCAUCGUUUUCAAAGGCAAACGAACAGCUACAACAACGCGGCUGGAUCGUACCGAUACAAUCCCUUAUCCAUUGGUUAUCCCGAAACACGUUACCAAGACCGGUCGGCGUAUAAUUCCGCUGCCAACAUCCGGCGCUUUUUCUACCCAUACGAUUAUUCUCAAACGUCGUACUCCAAAAAUUCUUCCGUGAAUUACGGAAGUGAUAAUUACUACAAAGCCGAGCGGGGAUAUGCCGACUCAGGGAAUGCUUAUUCCAGCAACCAAUACCGCGACUCGUCGUACGCCCAGGGAUACAAUCGGGGGCGUUACCGGAAGCCGGAAUUAACGUGCCCAAAGUGUCCGGACUGUCCACCGCAGUGUCCAUCCACUCCGGCGCCGGCACCGGCCAUCCCACCAUCACCGAUCCAAGACUACCAAAAUCUGGCCAGUGUCUGCGAUGAUGAACUGAUUAACGAAUGCACCUAUGCCUCGGCACCGUUUCGCUGUUCGGAUGACCAGUGCGCCGCCACCGCCGACACCGGUGUUAAAGUGCAGAUUUUUGCACCCCAGAAUCUCAACGUCUCCCAGUGUGUCUUUCGCAAAUUCUUCGGUGAUCUUAUUGCAUUUGACGCUUGUCAGCGUCCAGCGUCAAAAUGGCAGUUAAACGACCUCAGCACUCGCGGGAGUAUCGACUGCCCGGAGAUGGCCGAUUCUCAGUGCCUUUCUGUAAUGGGCACUACGGUCUUUGUCCGGGAUCCCCGUUCCUGCACCAAUCUGUGGUCUGUUAGCCAGCCGACAGUACUGCACUGUAGUUUGUCCCUUGCGGACUCCAACGGGAAUCUGCUCGCUUCGACCGGAAUUCAGAUUACCGUCAAUCCCGAUUGUCGCUGCUGACCAUACGGAUUAGAAAAUUCAAAUUCAU